AUGCCGUCCAUAUUCCUGAGCACCCAGUGGCUCGCCCAUCACAGGGAUGCGGGCGCACAGCACAUAGAGGUCUCGGGUGUGGGACAAGACCCCACAACUCAGCUGUCAGUGGGCCCCUACCUGUCUGGGCUUCUCCCAGUCACAGAAACCUGCCCAACCGCACACGCAACCACCCAGCAGGCCCGAGGGGUGGAACAGCCCGAGGGGAGGGGCCUGGGUUCAGCCUGCCAGGACAGCGGCUGCGCGGAAGAGUGGCCUGUUGGAGCCUUUGGGAUUUUGACAGGCGGUGCCCGUGCGCCUCCUGGGGGCCGUACCAGACUGCUGCAGCCCGCCACCUGCCUCCUUGCCGACUCAUCCGCAGUCAGGCCAGUAAUGCGAGCUCAAGGGAGGGAGCCGCAGUGUGCCCUGGGUACUCCCUUCCACCCGUACCAGCUGCCCUCUGGCCAGAUACAGCCCAGCAGUAGGGAGCAGAUCUGGUCACAACGGGCAGCUUGGUGGGUCCAGGUUGGUGAGUGGGCCUUAUCUACACAGACAGACCGCCCCAGGAUGCAGCAGCCUGAGACCCCUCGGGACCCGGAGGAGGAGGCUGCCUUCACUGGGACCCAGAGGACUGACUGUAUCAUCUGUUACUCAGCUUACGACCUGGCCGGGCACCUGCCCCGCCGCCUCUACUGCGGUCACACCUUCUGCCAGGCUUGUGUGCGGCGGCUAGACGCCCCGGCCCAUGAGCAACGCUGGAUUGCUUGCCCUCAGUGCCGUCAGAGCACACCCACGCCACGUGGGGGGGUGGCCAUGCUGGACCUUGACCUGGCCACCUUCCUGGCUGUCAAGGCUGAGCGGGAACCCCGGCCUCCUGGGUCCCUCAAAGGUGGCACCACCAUCAUCACGCAGCAGCCAGCCAGCCUCUGCCCCAGCUUGGGCCCCCAGCCCCGCUUCCCACGGCCCAGACACUGCUGCUUCUGCUGCUGGGACAUCCCGGGCAGCCCCGAGGUCUGA